GUUUUUAGCAAAUUUUCACUAAAAAAAAAAUGAAGAAAAAAUAUUACUGCUAAAUUUGCAUAGUUAUUUCUAUAUAUUUAUAUAUAAAGGAAUUGUUUAUAUGGUCAGCAAAGCUUUAAAGCUUUAUCUAAAGCGUGAUCGUAAUUUACAUUUUUUGAACCCACCAAAAUAUUCUGAUGCUGUUGGUAAAAAAAGAGCUGAAAAGUAUUUUCACUUGAAUUUUACAGAUGCCCAAGAAUUAAAAAGAAUCCAUUUAUUACAUGUUACUGGAAAAGCUCUAUCCAAUGUACGAAUAGGACAUGGAAAAGAGCUUACAUUUUUACGAAAAUUACCAAAAGGCUAUUACGUUAGUUUCGAAGCAAAUAACCAAUUAGUUAUUUAUGGUCAUCCAAGUGGGAUAGCUUUUAAAGAUGAAAUGAGCUUUAUUCCUCAUUUACUUUGGUUAGAAGAGCAAGGUAGCCGAAGACAAUCUAAAAAAUUGUGUAAAUGUAGAAUAUGCAUUCAACUUAGAAAACCAACAGAACUUAAGAAAAAAGCCAUUCAUUUAUCUUCACUCGCUAUAGUAAAAAAUAAAAUGAAUACAAAAUUAACAACAAGGACAAUGGAUAAUAAGGACAUGGAAAAGAUAUAUAAAUGCUAUAAAGUAACUAAAGUCUGCAUUAAACCGCCAUCUUCAAAUAUAGUCCGUUGUCCAAAAUCAAUCAAAAUACCUUUACCCAAAAUUUUGCAGCCUGAUCUUAGCAUCCUACGUUUUGAUCAUAAAGACGAAAAGAAGAAGAAUAGUCAAAAUCAAAGAAACUAGGUUGGGCCAAUGAAAAAAAAAAAAUUGGUCAAUUCCAAAUUAAAUUGGGACAGAGUUGCAAAGUUGGGACACCAGUAAGAAAAUGGGACAGUGAUACGGAAACGGGACAUAUUGAGAUACUUUUAGCUUUUUGGACGAAUGGAGGCAUUUCUUCAAUGGGCUAACUUACCUGUAAAUAUGGGAUGUCCCGCUGUUAUUCUUUGUGUAUUUCAAUAUGUACAUCCAACAUACCUUUUUCUUGGUCUAGGAUCCCCAGAUUCUUUGUUCCCAGAAGGAUUUAAAAAUAAAUAUUAUGACAUAUGCUAUAUAGCUAUACAUCAAUCAUAAUAUUUACCUAAUUUUCUUUUUG